AAUUUACUGUGUUGCCAUUGUCGCUGUUUAUUUUACUUAUAAACAACUUAUCGGAGAUAUAUCUAACUUUACAUCUGCUCCUUUUAAAUUUGUCCAUUUUUAACUGGAUAUUGAUAACAAACGUGACACUUCUAAUGACUUCACAAGCUACUAAACUUCACAAUUAAGAUUCAAAAUUGGUAGAUGAGUUUUAGUUUGCGUCGUUUUAAAAUCGUAAAAUUUAUAUAGAUGAUUAAAAUUAAUUCAAAAAUCAACAUGACGUCGAAUGAAAGGUGAUGUUAUUACCUUUGUUAAGUCGGGAUUAUAUUUUUAUUAGGUUUAUAGUCCGCUGGUGAUUAAAUGCAAUAUGUCACUUUUUAAUAAUUGGAAUCUUAUCAAUGAUAAUAGUACAUGCUGUAACAAAGUUGUUAUUAAACCGUACUUUUUACUUACUUCUUCAUGUACAUAAAUCAGCAUCACCUGGUUAUACGUAAAAGAUUGAAAUCAUGUCAAAAGAGUCAACUUCUUCAAAUUCUGGUGUUACGCACCAACCAGUACUUCCUAUAAAAGUUGCUCAUAAAGUCAGUUGCAACCAAAACGAAGCAAUACCUCAGUGUUCUAAACUGCGACAAAAGGCAAUAAAUAAUAAAGAUAAUUGUCGGAAUGUCACAAAACAAAUUUCUGAAAAGAAAAUGCAGAAUGUUUGUAAAAAACAAAAUAAAAAGAAAAGCAAAAAUAUUGUUUCUUCUGACAUAAUUGAGGAGGAUGAAAUUGAAGUUAAAAAAUCUAAACCCAUAAAAGAAAAACAGACAUUUCCAAAAUAUAUUCCUAUAGACAAAAUUGAUCAAUUUUUAAAACCUCAAAAUUCUGCAGAUGCUCAAUAUGUAGAAGGAUACAUACGUAUUAACUCUAGAUACAACAAACAUGCUUUUUUAUCUUGUAAUGGUGAACGUGAUCUAUUGAUUAUCGGUAUAAGGGACAGAAAUCGUGCUUUGGACGGUGAUUUUGUUGUAGUCCGUAUACAUCCUACAGAAAAAUGGCAAAUGCAUCGGGGAGAAAUACAGAAAACAGGCAUUGUUGUUUGUAUAAGAGAAAAGAUACAUCCAAGGAAAGCAAUUGGCUACUUAAAACGACGUGAUUCGUCGGUAUUUUUUUAUCCAAGAGACCAACGAGUUCCGUUGCUUAAAAUACAUCAGGAAUCGGUGCAGCGGUUUACCUCGUUUGUAGAUGGUUGUGAUGAUACAUUGUACCUAGCUGUUUUAGUUAAUUGGAUAAUGCCUCAAUUUGCAUAUGGGAAAAUUGAAAAAAUAGUCGGAAGUAUGGGUGAUAUAGAAGCCGAGUCGAAUGCAAUAUUACUCGAACAUGAUUUAGAUGUAACACCUUACAGCCCUAUUCUGAUGAAAGGACUCCCUAACAGUGAUUAUUCUUUAACAGAAAAUGACAUAAAAAAUAGAGAAGACUGGAGAGAUGAAUGUGUGUUUACAAUUGAUCCUGAUACAGCAGUUGACUUAGACGAUGCAGUUUCUUGCAAAAUUUUAGAAAAUAAAAAUUAUGAGAUCGGUGUACAUAUAGCGGACGUUACUCAUUAUCUAGACUUCUUGUCGCCGUUAGAUAUUCAAAUUUCAAAACGGGCAACGACUAUUUACAUGACGGACAAUGUAUAUCAUAUGUUACCUAAGCAACUAUGCGAAGUAUGUUCGCUGUUGCCAGGCCAAGAUAAAUUGGCCUUUUCUGUCAUUUGGGAAAUGACACAAAAUGCCGAAAUUGUCAGUCAUCGUUUCGCUAAAACAGUAAUAAGGUCCUGUUGCCAAAUGGCUUAUCGGCACGCACAGGAAUUCAUAGAAAAUCCAAAAAAGAAUUGGCCUCGCAAGUUUCUAAGGGUGAAGGGAAAUUUUAAUCUUAAAGACUUAUCGACGAAAGUAAAUAUUUUGCAUAGUUUAGCUAUUCAGAUGCGUGAUAAAAGAUUUAAAAAUGGAGCGCUGCGAAUAGAUCAACCAAAAUUACAUGUUACACUUGAUCCAAUUACGCGUUUACCAAUAUCAUACAGUAUAGAAGAACUUAAAGAUAGUAACAGACUUAUAGAAGAAUUUAUGUUGUUAGCUAAUAUGACGGUUGCUACUUAUUUGUACGAUACUAUUCCUGAUACUGCUUUGUUGCGUAAUCAUAGAGAACCCUCACAAUAUAUUCUCAAUACGACCAAAGACAUUCUGGAAAAAUUUGGAAUUCAUUUAGAUAUCGAAUCAUCUGCUUCUUUACACGCCAGUAUUAAACGAUACGAGGAAGAGUUAGAGUCUGAAAAUAACGAGAUUAAAACAACGAUGAAAUACAGAAUGAUGGUCAUCAACAAUCUUUGUUCUAAAGCUAUGGCUCGUGCAACCUAUAAAUGUUCAUCAACAGUUAAGAGUGAGGAGGACUUGAAACAUUAUGCUUUGAACGUAUCCCUUUAUACACAUUUCACUUCUCCAAUUAGACGAUAUUCAGAUUGCGUAGUACAUCGUUUACUUUAUUGGACUAUGCAGAACAUAACGUUGCCCGAAACAUGGUCAGAAAAAUUGUGUAAAGAAAUAGCGGCAAAUUGUAAUUUAAAAAAGUACAACGCAAAAAUGGCUCAAGAACGAAGUAAUGAAUUGUACUUUACGUAUUUAAUUGACUUAAACGGUCCUAUCGUUACUAUGGGCAUCGUGUUAAGUGUAACAGAGAAUUUUAUAGACGUUAUACUGUGUCACGUUGGUAUAAAAUUAAGGAUUUUUCUUUCAAAAUUAAAGGACUUGAUGGAUAUAGAAUACUCUUCAGAGUGUUCAGUUUCAACGAUACGUGUUUCUUGGAAACAAACGUCUUUUACUCAGGAUCAGGAAUCAAUUAUGUUGCAUUAUCUUUAUUACAUUAAUUGUUUUACAAAAGGAAGUGAUAUUGCAAAGGUGAAUUUGUGUAAAUUACAACAAUAUUGUUUAUUUUUCGCAAGAUUCAACAGUUCCGUUGAGGUAAUGAAAGUUCUGAAUGUUGCGGAAAAAAAUGAUGCUGCGAAAAACAUCGCUGGCUAUUUAUCCCGUGGUACUAGUAAACGGAGAGAAGGGCUGUCUCCGUAUAAUAAAAUUUAUGAAUUCAAAUCACAAGUGUGGAAUCAGAAUUGUGAUAUGAUUAUGACUUCUGUAUCAGGUCAUUUGUUGGAUUUUCAGUUUGUUAGUGCAUAUCGAAAAUGGCAAAGUUGUCAUCCGUUAAGUUUAUUUGAUGCACCUGUAACAAAACAAUGCAUAGAGCAAACUUCUUUGAAGAUCAAAGAGACUUUAGAAAGAGAAGUGAAAAAGUGCAAUGCAUUAAUUAUUUGGACAGAUUGUGAUCGUGAAGGAGAAAACAUAGGUUUUGAAAUCAUUCAAGUCUGUCAAGCAGUUAAACCUAAUAUUUCUGUAUAUAGAGCAAAAUUUUCUGAAAUUACACAAGCAUCUAUAAAUAGAGCUCUCCAGAAUCUAUGCGAGCCAAACAAAGCAGUUAAUGAUGCUGUUGAUGUGCGAAUGCAAUUAGAUUUAAGGAUAGGGGCUGCAUUUACAAGAUUUCAGACACUGAGACUUCAAAAAGUAUUUCCUAGAACUCUGUCUGAUAUGUUGAUCAGUUAUGGCAGUUGCCAGUUUCCUACACUAGGUUUUGUAGUCGAAAGAUAUUUAGCAGUAGAAAGAUUCAAACCAGAGCCAUAUUGGAAAAUCAGUGUAAAAGAUACCCGUGACAAUAUUAGUGUAGACUUCAGGUGGGCAAGAGGAAGAUUAUUUGAAAAAUUGCCUUGUGAAGUUUUCUUGGACAUGUGUCUUGAACAGCCUAAUGCCACUGUACAAAAGGUAACAAGUAAGCCUACCAGUAAAUGGAGACCUGUACCAUUGGACACAGUUGAACUGGAGAAACAAGGUUCUCGAAAGCUUAGGUUAACUGCAAAACAGACUAUGAAAAUUGCAGAAAAAUUAUAUACUCAAGGUUUUAUCAGUUAUCCGCGUACAGAAACAAAUAUAUUUCCAAAAGAGUUAAAUUUAGUUCCUUUUGUAAAUCAGCAAGUAAAUAAUCCACUUUGGGGAAACUUUGCACAACAAUUAUUAGAGAAAGGAUUGCAUCCUAGACAAGGAAAAAAAAGUGAUCAGGCACAUCCUCCUAUACAUCCAACAAAAUGUGCAGAUAAUUUACAAGGUGAUGAAGCUAAAGUUUAUGAAUUUGUUGUUCGACACUUUUUGGCUUGUUUAUCGGACAAUGCCAUCGGCCGAGAAACAGUGGUAGAGAUUGACAUAGCCGGAGAAAAGUUCGUUGCUAACGGCCUUCAAAUUAUCGAAAAAAAUUAUUUAAAUGUAUAUAUUUAUGAGAAAUGGAGCGAUAAGGAAAUUUACGCGUAUCAAGAAGGACAAGUUUUUAGACCAACUAGUAUAGAUAUGAUACAAGAAGAAACAUCCCCGCCGCAGUUGUUGACCGAAGCUGAUUUAAUUAGUUUAAUGGAUAAAUAUGGCAUCGGUACUGAUGCCACUCAUGCUGAACAUAUAGAUACGAUAAAAUCGCGUCAAUAUGUAGGUCUGAUGGAUGGGAAACAUUUGAUACCUGGGAAACUUGGAAUUGGAUUAGUAAUGGGUUAUGAUAGUAUGGGAUUUGAAAUGUCGAAACCGAAAUUGAGAGCUGGUUUAGAAAAAGAUCUUAAAUUGGUAUGCGAAGGCCAAAAGAGUCCAGCGGCUGUAUUAGAAACUCAAAUAAAUACGUAUCGUGAAGUGUUUAAAGUAGCAAUGGAACGGGCGAAUUUAAUCGAUAGUGCCUUAGCUGAUUAUCUUGAUGAACGACCGGUUGAAGCACAAGAUAUACAAAUGAGUAAUCCACCACAAGAUACUACUAUCUUUAAGUGUCCUAAAUGUGGUCUUGAUAUGAUUCUUAAAGAGAAAAAGCAAGACUCUGGCAAGUUUAUUGGCUGUAUAAACUUUCCAACAUGUAAUAAUACGGUUUGGUUCCCACAGAACGUUGAAUCUGUUGAAGUUCUAGAUGAAAUUUGUUCACAAUGUUCAGGAAAUAGGCACAAAUUAAAGUUUAAAUUAUCCAGAAAUGCUUUUCCACUUUAUGGUACCUCUUACACAACCUGCAUAGGUGGUUGUGAUCCUAUGUUUAAUGAAGCAUUGAAUAUUAAAAAUGAGAGUGUUAAAGCUAUUUCCCAGAGAAACGAAAGCGGUUACUACACUAUGUCCGAGGAGUCAAGAUCAUCAGUCGUUUCAAAUUCGACCGUCGUAAGAUACAACGAAACUGGACAUUCUCGAGGUGCUGGAAAUAAAACAAAUUUAUUUCAAAAUAAUACGUCUAUAGGGCUCGUUCGAAAUCAAAGUAGUAACCGUAGUACGACAAGCAGAUCGAAAGGUAAUACAAGAGCUAAGAACCAAUCUACUGCGAAGAAUAAUACGUACGAUAGCACCAAUAAUUCCAAUCCGCCGACCGUUGGUACAACAGUACUGAGUAAUGAAUCGACCAGAACAUGGGGUCAUAUCGAUGAUGAUUCCGUUAUUGUGUGUAAAUGUAAUGAAACUGCGAUGAAAUUAACCGUAAGAAAGGAAGGGCCUAAUCAGGGAAGAGUAUUUUAUAAAUGCGCACGUCGAGGUGCUGAGUGUGAUUUCUUUCUUUGGGAAUCGGAUGAUACUAAUCAAACUCAAAACGUCGCAAGCAACGAUUUUAGUGCGAGAUUAAACCAAAGUAUUACGGCUGGACCAAGUAGAAUAUCGGGGGGUGAUGUUAAAUGUCAUUGUAAUCAACCGGCAGUACAGCGCACUGUGCAGAAAGAAGGUCCUAACAAAGGACGUUUGUUUUAUUCGUGUCCUAAAGGAAUGAAUGAUUCUUGUAAUUUCUUUCAAUGGAUGGAUGAAAAUAAUGAGAAUUUUAAUAAUACAUUUAGUGGCAACAGUAGGAAAACGACUAAAUGGAAAGGCGAGAAACGAGAAAACACGAAAAAGCAGAGUCGCCCUGGUGGCGGUAAGAGAAAAUGCGGAAUUUGUGGAGUAGAAGGGCACACAAGAAAAACUUGUCCAGAAAAUGUAAUGGAUUAACAAAAGAGAAUUUGUAAAUUUUAAAAUAUAUUUUGUAUUAACAUUAUAAAUUGUACAAGAAUGAAUUGAGUUGCAUACACAUGCACAUUAAUACUGCUCCAAAUAAGAGGAUUCAGAUUGAUUAAACACACAAAAUGUCAUAUUUUAUGACUGACUUAUGGAGAAAUUAAUACAUUAAUUAAGAUAAUAAAUUGUGUCAGGAAUCACUGUUUUUGUUA